GCUGUUGGAACGCUUGGUGUUGGAUAUUUCCGCAAAGGAUAAAGUAUGAGUACGUGGCUGGAGACAAUUGGCCAGACUGCGGUUGCCUCUCCCAUUGGGAUAAUUGUGAGAAGACGAAAGAAAAUCAGUGAUUGAAAGGGCGAGGAGGUAGAGGUAAAGGUAGAGAAUCCAAAAGACGUAUAGUCCCUCCUAUUGAAGGCGAGGGUGAGCUUGGAAAUCCAUCCAUGACUCCCACUCUUACGUCCAAUUCAUCCCUCCUAACCACAACCCCCCAUUCAAGGUUCACCCUCCGGAACCCAAGGCUCAGAGUCUUCGCCAAGAAGUCUGGAUCAUUCCCAUCAUUUGGGCUUGGCAAACCCAAAGAUGAUUCAUCUUCUCCUGAUGACAAAGAUACCUCUUCCAAUUCCAACCCUUUUCGUUUAGACUUUGGAAAGAUACCCGAUGUCACUUCCUUGAUCCCAGUUCCAACCAACAAUUCUUCGCCAGGCUUUUCAUUUGGAAAUCCAAGGCGCAAAGAUCCUUCAACCGUCUUCGUUGCUGGCGCCACAGGGCAGGCUGGUAUUCGCAUUGCACAGACGCUUCUUAGGGAAGGUUUCAGUGUUCGGGCUGGAGUCUCCGAACUUGGCUCUGCACAGGAAUUGGCUCGUCUUGCUGCUCAAUACAAGAUUAUAUCAAAUGAGCAGGCAAAGCGUUUGAAUGCUGUGCAAUCAAGCUUUGACAACGCUGACUCAAUAGCCAAAGCCAUAGGCAACGCCAGCAAAGUGGUUGUCACCAUUAGUUCCGCAGAGAACGGUCCAACAGCAGAGGUGUCGGCAUCAGACGCAUUGCAAGUGGUUCAGGCAGCACAGUUGGCCGGAGUUGGCCACGUGGCUGUCAUCUACGACGAGAACGGCGUUGGGGCCUCAACCUACAAUGUACUGGACGGUCUCUCCUCCUUCUUCAACAAUCUCUUCUCUCGGUCUCAACCCUUGACCAUACAAGAGUUCCUACAGAAAGUUAUUGAAACUGACGUCAAAUACACCUUCAUCAAGACAAGUUUGACCGAUGAUUUCGCACCCGAAAGUUCCUACAAUGUGGUCGUCUUGGGCGAGGGAAACACUAGUGCGAACGACUAUAAAGUAGCGAAGUCCAAGAUUGCAUCGUUGGUGGCUGAUGUCUUCGCCAAUACUGAGGUAGCAGAAAACAAGGUCGUGAAAGUGUACUCGGAUCCGAAUGCCCCUUUGAAGCGUGUGGAUGAACUUUUUAGUCCUAUUCCCGAGGAUGGAAGAAGGAAAGCCUAUGCUGAAAUGCAGGAGAAAGCAAAGGCAGAGGAGGCGGCAAGAGUGGCUGCAGAAAAAGCCAGUGAAGCAGCUGAAUCAGCAAAGAAGUUGGAACAAGAGGUGAAAAAGCUUUCGCAGCAAGAAGCACUGGCUGCUAAUCUGGCCCAAGAGGCACAAGAGAAGGCAGAGGCAGCUGGAGCCUCGGUGGAAAACCUCUUGAACAAGGCAAAAGACUUUGGUGCAGGGUUUUCCUGGGAAAAGUUGAGCUCACAGAUUACUACUUCAAUCCAAAACCCUGAUGAGGAUGAGAAACCAAAGGUUCAGCUAGCCACGGUAAGGGGACAGGCCAAGGCUCGGAACCUGGCGCCAAACAAAGCCGUGGUUAAACAAACUCCUCCGAGAAGAGCUGCUAGUAAACCAAAGGAGGAAAAACCGAAGAAGGAAGAGACAGCAAAAGAGGUGAGAAAUGUAUUUGGUGGCCUGUUCAAACAAGAGACUAUCUAUGUUGAUGAUGACUAGAGGAAGUGGAACAUCUUGCACGGCAUAAAACUGCGUUGUUUGAGUAUUUGUUAACGUAGAUAAUUUGAUUGCAUGUGUAUUGUCUUGUAAAGUUCUAUGUUUUGAAGCAGGAUAUUUAUGUAGUUGUACUGGUUCAGAACCCUGUUUUCGGGGAAAACAAUAAAUGGGUUUUCCCUUA